AUGGGUUUCUUUAAGGAUAACGUCGUAAUUGAAUUUUUUCAUAGAUUUUUUAGAAAGCCAGGUGAUAUUUUAAUGUGGUUAUUUACUGGUUUAAUAGUGACUAGUACUCUAUAUUUAAUAUUAGCUCCUUUCCCAUCAGAUUUUGGUAUUGAUAAUAAUAUAGAUAAUAGCAAGAAAGGUAAAAAACGACUAUGA